AGCAAAGAGCAGACUCUUUCAACUGAGAAUGAGUAUUUCAGAAGCCUAAGAUUUUACAAUGAAGGUGAUCAGAGCCGUUCCUGGGAGGCAGUAAAAACUCCAUUUCCAGCCUUGGAGCAUGUGACAUUUACUCACAACAGGCAUGCCAAUUUCAGCCUCAGAACUUUCGGGCAGACAAAGGCGUGGAGAAAAGCACUGAGGCUACCUGACCCGAGAGAUCGAAUCAAUUCCGAGGGGAUCUGAAUCCACUUGGUGCAGGAUGAACUCCACUCAUCACCAUGGAAUGCACACUUCUCUCCACUUCUGGAACCGCAGCACCUACGGACCGCACAGCAAUGCCAGUGAGUCCCUUGGAAAAGGCUACUCUGAUGGAGGGUGUUAUGAGCAACUUUUUGUCUCCCCUGAGGUGUUCGUGACUCUGGGUGUCAUAAGCUUGUUGGAGAAUAUUCUGGUGAUUGUGGCAAUAGCCAAGAACAAAAACCUGCAUUCGCCCAUGUACUUUUUCAUCUGCAGCCUGGCCGUGGCUGAUAUGUUGGUGAGCGUGUCAAACGGAUCCGAAACCAUUGUCAUCACCCUAUUAAACAGUACAGAUACGGACGCGCAGAGUUUCACCGUGAAUAUUGAUAAUGUCAUUGACUCGGUGAUCUGUAGCUCCUUGCUUGCAUCGAUUUGCAGUCUGCUCUCAAUUGCAGUGGACAGGUACUUUACUAUCUUUUAUGCUCUCCAGUACCAUAACAUCAUGACGGUCAGGCGGGUUGGGAUCAUCAUAAGUUGUAUCUGGGCAGCUUGCACGGUUUCGGGCGUUUUGUUCAUCAUCUACUCAGACAGCAGUGCUGUCAUCAUCUGCCUCAUCACCAUGUUCUUCACCAUGCUGGCUCUCAUGGCCUCUCUCUAUGUCCACAUGUUCCUCAUGGCCAGACUGCACAUUAAGAGAAUUGCUGUCCUCCCGGGCACUGGCACCAUCCGCCAAGGGGCCAACAUGAAGGGUGCAAUUACCCUGACCAUACUGAUUGGGGUCUUUGUUGUCUGCUGGGCCCCGUUCUUCCUCCACUUAAUAUUCUACAUCUCUUGUCCCCAGAAUCCUUACUGUGUGUGCUUCAUGUCUCACUUUAACCUGUAUCUCAUACUGAUCAUGUGUAAUUCCAUCAUCGACCCUCUAAUUUAUGCACUCCGGAGCCAAGAACUAAGGAAAACCUUCAAAGAGAUCAUCUGUUGCUAUCCUCUAGGCGGCCUCUGUGAUUUGUCUAGCAGAUACUAA